AGCGUGCGCGCACCGAGACGCCUUGCGGGAGCGAGCGCGUCUGGGAGCCCGCGGGCCGAGAAGCGCUGCGGGUAGGGAGACCCGCGCCUGCGGCUCAGGAUUCCAAGAUUGGAAAUAGUACACAGGACCUGGUACAACCCCCCUUUGUCUUCCAGAUAAGGAAAUUGACACUCGGCAAGAUUAUCUGUGGAACAUAAACAAUGGAUUCCUUGGACCAUAUGCUGACGGAUCCCCUGGAACUGGGUCCAUGUGGAGAUGGCCAUGGCACACGUAUUAUGGAGGACUGCCUCCUGGGGGGCACCAGGGUUAGUCUGCCUGAGGACCUUCUGGAGGAUCCCGAAAUAUUCUUUGAUGUAGUCAGCCUCUCAACAUGGCAGGAAGUAUUGAGUGAGUCUCAGCGUGAACACCUCCAGCAGUUUCUGCCUCACUUUCCUGAAGACAGUCUCGAGCAGCAGAAUCAGCUCGUCCUAGCCCUGUUCAGCGGGGAGAACUUCCGCUUUGGGAACCCUCUGCACAUUGCCCAGAAGCUUUUCCGAGAUGGACACUUUAACCCUGAGGUGGUUAAGUACCGGCAGCUGUGCUUCAAGUCCCAGUACAAGCGAUACCUCACCUCCCAGCAGCAGUAUUUCCAUAGGCUGCUGAAGCAGAUCCUGGCUUCCCGGAAUGACCUGCUGGAGAUGGCCCGACGGAGUGGCCCGGCCCUUCCCUUCCGCCAGAAGCGCCCUUCACCAUCCCGCACUCCUGAGGAGCGGGAGUGGCGGACCCAGCAGCGCUACUUGAAGGUCUUGAGGGAAGUGAAGGAGGAGUGUGGUGACACAGACCUGUCCUCUGAUGAAGAGGCCACGUUGGAUUUACAAGAAAAAUUUUCUUUUGAAGAUCUCAGCUCAUGGCUUCCGAGCUCUCCAGCGCGUUCUCCUAGCCCUGCGGUGCCCCUGAGGGUGGUGCCCACGCUUUCAACCACGGAUAUGAAAACUGCAGAUAAAAUAGAACUGGGGGACAGUGACCUGAAGAUAAUGUUAAAGAAGCACCAUGAGAAGCGGAAACAUCAACCAGAUCAUCCGGACCUUUUGACAGGGGACCUGACUCUCAAUGACAUCAUGACUCGAGUAAAUGCUGGCAGGAAGGGCUCUCUAGCAGCCCUAUAUGACUUGGCUGUCCUUAAAAAAAAGGUUAAGGAAAAAGAGGAGAAGAAGAAGAAGAAAAUAAAACUGAUCAAAUCAGAGGCAGAGGAUUUGGCUGAACCCUUAAGCAGUGCUGACGGGAUCCCACCUCUCUCACAGGCCCCUUCUCCGCUGGCUAUACCUGCUAUCAAGGAGGAGCCUCUUGAAGAUCUCAAGCCUUGCCUUGGAAUCAAUGAAAUAUCUUCCAGUUUCUUCUCUUUGCUAUUAGAGAUCUUGUUGCUGGAGGGGCAGGCUAGCCUUCCUAUGCUGGAGGAACGGGUUUUGGAUUGGCAGUCCUCUCCAGCCAGCUCCCUCAAUAGCUGGUUCUCUGCGGCCCCCAACUGGGCAGAGUUGGUGUUACCAGCCCUGCAGUAUCUUGCUGGAGAAAGUCGUGCUGUACCUUCCAGUUUCUCUCCGUUUGUUGAAUUCAAAGAGAAAACCCAGCAGUGGAAAUUGCUUGGCCAGUCCCAAGAUAAUGAAAAGGAAUUAGCUGCACUCUUUCAACUAUGGCUAGAAACCAAAGACCAGGCUUUCUGUAAGCAAGAAAAUGAAGACAGCUCAGAUGCCACAACACCUGUUCCUCGGGUAAGAACUGACUAUGUGGUGCGGCCCAGCACGGGGGAGGAGAAACGAGUUUUUCAGGAACAGGAGCGUUACAGAUACAGCCAGCCCCAUAAGGCAUUCACCUUUCGCAUGCAUGGCUUUGAGUCUGUAGUGGGGCCUGUGAAAGGUGUUUUUGACAAGGAGACCUCGCUCAACAAGGCUCGGGAGCACUCCCUGCUGCGCUCUGACCGUCCUGCCUACGUUACCAUCCUGUCUCUUGUUCGAGAUGCUGCGGCCCGGCUGCCUAAUGGGGAAGGUACCAGGGCCGAGAUUUGUGAGCUGCUCAAGGACUCCCAGUUUCUGGCACCAGAUGUCACCAGCACUCAGGUGAACACAGUAGUGAGUGGAGCCCUGGAUCGGCUGCAUUAUGAAAAAGACCCAUGUGUGAAAUACGACAUUGGGCGAAAGCUGUGGAUCUACCUCCAUCGGGACCGGAGCGAGGAGGAAUUUGAGCGGAUUCACCAAGCACAAGCAGCUGCAGCUAAAGCCAGAAAAGCCCUUCAGCAAAAACCCAAGCCUCCAUCCAAGGUGAAGUCCGGUAGCAAGGAGAGUUCAUUGAAAGUCCUCAGCAGUGGCCCUUCUGAGCAGAGCCAGAUGAGCCUCAGUGACUCCAGCAUGCCUCCCACUCCAGUCACACCUGUGACCCCCACCACUCCGGCUCUGCCUGCCACUCCGAUCUCCCCUCCUCCUGUGUCCUCGGUGAACAAAAGUGGCCCUACUUCUGUCUCAGAGCCAGCGAAAUCUAGCUCAGGUGUUCUUCUGGUGUCUUCACCCACAAUGCCACAGCUAGGAACAAUGCUCUCCCCGGCUUCCAGCCAGACUCCACCAAAUUCUCAGGCAGCCGCCCGUGUGGUGAGCCACUCUGGCUCGGCUGGACUGCCCCAGGUGCGGGUGGUGGCCCAGCCUGGCCUUCCUACUGCUACUCAGCAGUCAGCAGGGCCGACUCAGACACUGCCACAGAUGCCAGCAGGACCACAGAUGCGCGUUCCAGCCACUGCUACUCAGACCAAAGUUGUGCCACAGACAGUAAUGGCCACCGUGCCAGUCAAAGCUCAGACUGCGGCGGCCACUGUGCAGCGGCCUGGACCUGGGACAGGGCUCACGAUGACAAGUCUCCCUGCCACAGCCAGCCCCGUGAGCAAGCCAGCCACCAGUUCUCCCGGGAGCUCCGCUCCGAGUGCUUCCACAGCUGCUGUCAUUCAGAAUGUCACAGGACAGAACAUUAUCAAGCAGGUGGCAAUCACUGGGCAGCUUGGUGUGAAGCCCCAGGCAGGCAGCAGCAUUCCACUCACAGCCACUAACUUCCGUAUCCAGGGUAAGGACGUAUUGCGUCUGCCACCCUCUUCCAUCACCACAGAUGCCAAAGGCCAGACGGUUCUGCGAAUCACUCCGGACAUGAUGGCCACGUUGGCCAAGUCCCAGGUUACCACAGUGAAACUGACCCAGGACCUCUUUGGGACGGGAAGCGGCACUGCGGGCAAAGGCAUUUCUGCCACCUUACACGUCACUUCAAAUCCAGUCCACGCGACGGAUAGCCCUGCCAAGGCCAGUUCGGCCAGUGCCCCUUCGUCCACUCCAACAGGUACCACCGUGGUUAAAGUGACUCCUGACCUCAAGCCAACAGAAGCCUCCAGUUCAGCUUUUCGCUUGAUGCCGGCACUUGGUGUGAGUGUGGCAGACCAGAAGGGGAAAAACACAGUGGCUUCUUCAGAAGCAAAACCAGCUGCCACGAUCCGCAUCGUGCAGGGCCUGGGCGUGAUGCCCCCCAAAGCAGGCCAGACCAUCACAGUUGCGACCCAUGCCAAGCAAGGGUCCUCAGUGGCCAGUGGGUCUGGAACUGUCCAUACUUCGGCGGUGUCCUUGCCCAGUAUGAAUGCUGCCGUGUCCAAGACUGUGGCCGUGGCCUCUGGGGCUGCAAGCACCCCCAUCAGCAUCGGGGCAGGAGCCUCUGCUGUGCGGCAGGUCCCUGUCAGCACCACAGUUGUUUCCACGUCCCAGGCUGGGAAGCUGCCUACGCGGAUCACAGUUCCUCUCUCUGUUAUUAGCCAGCCUAUGAAGGGCAAAAGUGUGGUCACGGCCCCCAUCAUCAAAGGCAACCUUGGAGCCAACCUCGGCGGGUUGGGCCGCAAUAUCAUCCUGACCACCAUGCCAGCGGGGACUAAGCUCAUUGCCGGCAACAAGCCCGUUAGUUUCCUCACUGCCCAGCAGUUGCAGCAGCUUCAGCAGCAAGGCCAGGCCACACAGGUGCGCAUCCAGACUGUCCCUGCAUCCCAUCUUCAACAGGGAACAGCUUCUGGUUCCUCCAAAGCAGUCUCCACUGUUGUUGUGACCACAGCUCCAUCUCCUAAACAGGCACCUGAACAGCAGUGAUUCAGAGAGAGAAAGAUGACGUCCGUGAAAGCACACACCCAGGCUGCCCUUCUGGCUUAAAGGAGGGGAGCAGGGAGGUUGUGUCGUCCUUCUCAGCUUGUCUGUUGAAGGGAAGGCCAGCAGUGGGAUGAUGGCAACAGUGGCGUGGAUUCUGCCACCACACUCCACAGUGGAGCAUGCUGAGAAAAGUCCCCUCCAGGCUCCAAGGGCUGUUCCGCUCCGAUCCAGGAGAAGCUCCUCUGGGGAUGAAGUCAUAGUUGUGCCACACGAGCCAUGGUUCUCUCCUGAGAGCCAGACACCGGGGGAAGGCUUACAGCUGCAGAUCGUGCAGACCAUCAGUAAGCCUCGUUCUUGAUGUGGAUUGUAUUUUUUUUUUAGCUUCUGGUCUUCUCUGUGACUAGUGGUCUGGAUAGGAAUUUUAUGUCCAGAAAUUUUUACGUAACUUAUUUUUUUAAAGAACCUGUUGUAUAUCUUUAUCCAGUGGAAACCUGGGCUUUAUAAAGCCCCCACUCCCCACUGCCCCGAACUGAUUAUUCUCUUGACCAGAAUGGGAGAAUAGCAGGAUUCUCAGUGAGUUGGUGGCUGACUUGAGAGCUGCAUGGCAAUGGGGAGGCUGUCAGCUGGGUAAGAAACCAAGGGAGUGAGAUAAGUGAGAUAGCGUGGGUUCCCUGAAAUGGGAUUAGUUUGGCACUACCUCAUAAAGAUGAGGUAUCAGGAUCUUGACUGUGGUCCGUAUCUUCAUCUGCUGACUUUGUCCUCCUUGUCAGGCCUGUUCACACAGAAGUUCAGAGCCUGUGGACAGGAUAGGCAAGUGCCAGCAGACAUGCUGUUCUUGCGGCAUAGACUUUAUUGCAGUUCAGAGGUUACAUGUUUUGCUUUGCUCCAGGGCAAGAGUCUGCAAACCACAGCCCUGGGGUUGGCUACCCGUUUUUGUAAAUAAAGACUUAUUGGAACACAGCCCAUGGCCAUUUGCUUAUGUAUUAUCCUUGGCUGCUUGCAGUCAGGAGGCAGAACUGAGUAGUUGCCAGAGUCCAGAUGCUCCUCAGGCCUAAAAUGUCUCUUAUGUCCUCAGGCCCAUUAAGUAAAACUUUGCAGGCUUCUGCUCCAGAGUAGAGGCGGCAAGAGGAGAGAGUGAGUGGGUGUGCCCACUGGGCGGACGAGGCAGCACAGUCACAGGAGAGGUCGGUCAGGGUUUACAAGUCCUUUAAUCCUGGCUGCCUCUCAUUUCUCAGCCUCCGUCAAGCUGUGGCAGAGCUCAGAACAGUAUUUUUAAAUGUAGUAAGUAAGUAAAGCACUGGUUGUUAACAGUAUAUGCCUCUUUUGUAUGGGAGCAGGGUUUGGAUGGCAAGGCUGUUCUGCAGUGUCAGGGCCUCUCUCUCUCGUUUCCAGAUUAUUAAAGAUGUGUCUUUAAUCUGGAA